AUGCGCGAGGUCGGCAGGAAGCUGCAAGAUGCAAUCGGUAUUUUCGCCCUUACGGCUCACCAACCCACCAUUCAGAGUUUGGGGUUCGCACCUGGCGGCCAGUUCGAGACUACCAUGGACAUUAAUCCGAGCGUCCAAGUUCGCGGUAUCACUCUGCACUCUGGCGACACCGGCUUGAGUAUCUAUGUUCGAUGUGAUCUCUCCGAGCGAUUCCAGGCAAGCUUUGCAGACAUAACUAUGAUGGUUGCUGAUCUCGGCGGACCACCCCGACGCCGGCAAGAUCUGCGAGCGUCUCAUCCCACCUCGAGCAACCUUCGAUCUGGUCACCUGUGA